ACCAAUGACUCGGACUCCUCCACGUCUCGUCUGCCUGUCAACCCGCGUUCAGCCCACGGCAUGACGUAACACCCAGUCUUGGAAGUGCAAUGGCGAUAUUGGACAAUAACAGCCGUCGCGUUUGGGGACCAACAUCUAUAUUAUGUGGCUAACGUCGAGGAAAACACCUCCAGCCGGCUGCGAAAACACUUGUGAUAUCGGCUCAGUGCGCGACCGUCUACCUGCGACCAGGAGAGGAGAUUUCACAGCCUCUGGCCGCGAUGACAGUUUAGACUAAAAACGCUGGUGCGACGUGUGAACAGACACCAUGGCCACACAGGAACCGUCCCCUCCGUCGUCCAUGGAGAGCAACAAACCCGGCUUCCCCAAGAAGAUCCUGGGCAACAAGCUGGAGGACAAGCACCUGUGCAACUGCUGCCACAAUAUCCUGAGACGACCGUUUCAAGCCCAGUGUGGACAUCGCUUCUGUUCCUACUGCUUCAACAGGACCGUGAGUAAUGGACCCCAGAAAUGUAACGCCUGCAUUAAAGAGGAUAUUUUUGAGGACCCGACGUCGAUUCUGAAACAAGGAUGUGCUUUUCCCGACAACGCCGUUCGAAGGGAAGUCGAGAACCUGCCGGCUGUUUGCAUCAACGAAAGCUGCACUUGGAAAGGCAGUAUCAAAGAGUACGAGCUGAACCACGAGGGGAAGUGCGAGUUCAUGAUCAUCCCCUGCCCGUCCUGCAAAGAACGAAUCCGCUUCAACGAACAGGAGCGCCACAACGAGCGGGAGUGUCCGGAGAGGACGCUCAACUGCAAGUACUGCAAGGAGCCGUUUCACUUCAAGAACAUCAAGGCACAUGAUGAGAUCUGCCCCAAGUACCCGAUGAUCUGUGAAGGCUGCGCCAAGAAGAAAAUACCCAGAGAAAAGUACGUGGACCACAUUAAAUUCUGCAGCAAAUUCAGAACUCCGUGUCGGUUUCAUGCCGUGGGCUGUGACAUGUCUGUGGAGAAGGAAAAGAUUCAUGACCAUGAACGCGCCUACGCCUACGAGCACCUCAACCUGCUGCUGCACUACAUCAUGGGCAUGAAGGUGAGCAUGGAGGGCCUGCAGCCCCAGGGACUGGAACUAGCCGGACACAAACUGGUGGAACUCCAACAAUCCCUCAGGGAACUCGAGGCCAGAGUCUCCCAGCUCAGCACCACCUCCUCUGGGCCUCCCGUGCAGGGAGCCGCCGCCGCCGCCGCCGUCGCCGUCGCCUCCUCCUCAUCAUCCAGCUCGGGUCCCCCAGGUCCGCCGGCUCCGGCUCCUCUCCCACCGCCUCCCACCCUGGCUCCCACGCUCUCCGUGUCCACCUCCUUCACGCCCCUGCCCAGCUCGGUGGGCGCCGCCCUGGAGCUCCAGCUCCACAGCGAGAAGACCAAGGUGGUGGAGCUGGGGCGCAGGUGCACGGAGCUGGAGGUGAAAGCCGGCACGUUUGAAAACGUGGUGUGUGUCCUGAACCGAGAGGUGGAGCGGUUCGCCACCACCAUGGAAGCCAGCAACCGGCAGCACAAACUGGACCAGGAUAAGAUCGAAGCUCUCAGUAAUAAGGUGCGCCAGCUGGAGAGGACCGUGGGGCUGAAGGACCUGACGGUAGCGGAGAUGGAAGGCCGGCUCAGGGAAAUGUCUGCGACCACCUUCGACGGCGUCUUCGUCUGGAGGAUCUCAGACUUCGCCAAAAAGAGACAGGACGCCAUCGCGGGCCGAGCUCCUGCCAUGUUCUCACCAGCCUUCUACACCAGCAAGUACGGCUACAAGAUGUGCCUGCGGAUCUAUCUGAACGGAGAUGGGACGGGGCGCGGCAGCCAUUUGUCCCUGUUCUUUGUGGUGAUGAGGGGACUGAGUGACGCUCUGCUCAAGUGGCCCUUCAACCAAAAGGUGACUCUGAUGCUGCUGGACCAGAGCAACAGGGAGCACAUCAUCGACGCCUUCCGCCCCGACGUCACCUCCUCCUCCUUCCAGAGACCCGUGAGCGAGAUGAACAUUGCCAGCGGCUGCCCGCUCUUCUGCCCGCUCUCCAAGCUCGACGCCAAGAACUCUUACAUCCGCGACGACACCAUCUUCAUCAAGGCCAUCGUGGACCUCACCGGCCUCUAGGCGGGCCCCACGCGGGGGCGGUACAGUUUGACAGGUCUAUGACCAUUCAGGCUUCAGUCGGUUUAGGGCUCUGUUUCGGGGCGUCCUGCUGUCCCCCUCACGGCGUUUUGGGGAGACAGAUGCUUGCGACUGUACGCUGCAUGCGGCUGCUCAGUGCAAACCGGCGCCGGCAUUGUCAUACCCGGUGGUUCUCUGUGUGAGAAACACCGUCACCGCUGUACAUUUUUAAAUGGGUGCAAAACGUCCUUUCUUUAGACAUCUCACCCACCCCCUCCCAUGGUGAUACAAAAAUGAAAACAACGUCACUUUAGUUGUCCACACUCUCAGAUUAAAAAAAAAAGAGAAAAGGACGAGCAGCAGCGGUGAGGCGUGGUCAUGCAAAGUGUUGAGCAGAAGCAGAGAGUGAAAAAGACUGAACAGUGUCUUUUUUAUUUAAGUCUCGUAGUCGGGAAGAGACCAAGGUUGUAGAUUACAGAUAGUUAACGUGGUCGUAUCUGAUAGAGCUGGCAGUAGACUUGUAAUAGAGUUAGAGCGUGGGUUUGAUGCAGUUUUUUGCUUCUUCUUCUUCUUCUUCUUCUUCUUGCAGAUUGUGGAUAUAUCGUGAGCUUCUCGGUUCAAAUGUGAAUUUGCAUAGACAAACGUGGAGUUAUGUUAUGAAUAAGAUUACAGGCUUCUUUUUAGUUUUCUCCUCCUCUUCUUUCUUUUAAUUAUUUAUUUCUUUUUUUUUUGUUUUGGGCACAAGAAUGCAUGCCGCCGCAGGGCGUCUUUUUAAUCUUCACGAAAAUGGUUCGCUGUUAAAACUUAGUGAAUUAGCCAUCCGUGAUGGUGGACAUUGCCUGCAUGUCUUCGGAGCCAGGCUACUUACAUGUAAAGUCAGUGUUAUUUGUUCCUGUCAAGGGGUCGAUGAUUGGUUCUGAUUGGUGGUUUGGUACAUCUGUGGAAGAUACAGUGGAGUUACCAAGGAGUCAGGGCAGCUUGCCAGUCAAGCCUGAGGCAUAAAACUUUACACAUCGCUGGAGUUUUCUCCCCCCCACCCCCCGGGGGAUAUGCUCACUAGCUCACAUCUCAACACAUAGUACUGUGCCCCACCACAGACUGAGGUUUAAAAAUCCACGAAAUGAGGGAAUUGUCCUUGUUUUCUGUCUAAUAUAGUUAUCUGUGUUUCUGCUGCUCUUAAGAUAGAAUACUGAUGUGAAACUAAUAUAAAUAUAUAUAUGUUGGUGCAAAUAUACAUGUGUGUGGAGGUAGACAGGCUGGAAAUAAGAGGUUGUAAAGUUGUAGGUCUGACAUUAUUUAUUGCAGAUUGACGUCCAGACAAAAACCUUUUAGGCACCGUUUAAAAAAACAAAAAACAAAACAAAAAAAAAAAACGAAGAGUGAUUAUUUUCCGUGUGUCCACCAGAGGGUGCUGUUACUUAGCAUGCAUGCUGAGGUUUUUAAAGGCUCACGCUGGCCUGUUUUGGAAACCAGUCCCGACCUGUAUUGGAACCUCUCUGUGCAUGGGAGGCUUCAAUUCAUAUCCACUAUGGAGCUCUAAAGCAACCGGUUUGCUCCGUUGAGCCGCGUGCGAGAGCAUUUUGAUUUGUUCGGAUGAAGAAAAGAGAAAAAAAAAAGAGAGAGAGAGCGAGAGAAAAUUAAAAAAAAAAUUAAAAAUCAUAGAAUAGAUAUUAUGUUAUAUCUGGCGCUGCGUCUGCUCCAAACAGAAGCAGCCGCCUAUAUUCAUAGCAGUUUAUAAAUAUGUAUCUUUCAUAUCAUAAUGUUGAAAUAAUCUAUAUAUCAAUGUUAAUAUACACAAGAUGUUAUAAUAAACAUAGUAUUACUGAAUACCUUAUUAAUUCUAUAUCUAUAUACCAGCUUUUUGUUUGAUGGUUUGAACAGGCCAGGACAGCCCCCUUGUUGUGCAGUGAGGAUUUAGGAUUAUUUCUAGAGUGCAAUAUCCAUUUUACAUCCCAGCCUUAAAGGUUUACAGAGCAUAUUUGUUGCUGUUUGUUUACAUGACAUUAUUACCAAGGAAAUGCUUUUACUCGUCAUUAUCGGCAGUCAAGCGGCUGCUCGUGAAGCUCACCUGGCUGAGCAGCCUGCUUUCAGAGAGGUCAUUUUAAUCCUGAGGAAUUCUUGCUAAGUGUGUUUUUAUUCCUGACUUUAAAAAUUGAAAACUUUUUAAAUAUGAGCAUGUAAUGAGUACAUGCAGUUUUUAUGUUUUCUUGUAAUGUGCCAAAAUCAAAUAUUACCUCCAUAUAUGUCUAUAUAUAUCUAUAUGUAUAGAUAUAUAUACAAAUUUAAACUAAUGUUGUAACUGCAAGGGUGUAUUUUAUCUUCUAUGCUAAAAAUAAGGUGCCAAAUAUUUAAGUUUGUGUGGAUAUGAGUGUGUUUCUAAAAUGAUGCAUGUGGUCGUUUUUAAGGCGAGUCCUCGGAGGAGAGGUUUCUGAAUGUAAUCUUUAAUCCAGCUGUUUCCUUCUUUCCCUAAAACUCUUUGUGCACUUUUUUUUUCCUUGUCUCUAAACAGGGUAUGUUUGUUGGGUGAUUCAUGUACCUUAAAAUCAGAGCCAUUUGAAGUUGAUAAUUGAUGUAUUAUGCUAUAAACGGACAUGCAGUAUGUAAUAAAGUUUCUUGCUUUCACAUUUA